GCAAAACACGACAAUCUGCCAAAGCCACAAAGUUUUCUCCUUUCUGUGCUCUGCAUACGACAGCUAUUCUACAUCUUCACUCGUCCUUGUGGAUGCCAAUGCUGCAGGAGCUCAGAGUGGGAGGACGACGGUAGUAGCCGCUGGGACGAGAUGAGAGAGAAGCGAAGGAAGGAGGUUGAGGAGGAUCCUACGUUCUCGUCGACAAGUACUAUAUUCCUCGAGUGCUAUUGUAUUUUGACUUCUUUCCAGUUGGUGCCGAGCAUGACGGCCUGACUUUAGCUUCCUGCUUCCGCCAGACGAACAUCCUAACUUGGCGGGAGCUGGAGGCAUAGAUACAAGCCGCUCAGGUUCCAGAAUUACCACUAGUCUGUUCCUGGCGAACUGGUCGAUCUUCUCGCCUGCUGAAAUAUUCGCGGAUUGUAUCGAAUAUUACGCAGCGCAACGGCGCAUCGUAUUCGAACAUCGAAGGCAAGCCCAUCUAUAACUCCGUACAAAAGCGGCGGUAUGUUGUCAUCAGCCGCGCCGGCCAGACCAUCCCACAUUGUCAUAACCACAGCACAGCCCUGCAACCCGCAUCCUCGUCUAAUGCGGCAUAGUUCGCGAGAAACACCGUCGUUGUAGUCGGGGCCUGCUGAACAUUCGCGAAAGCCUCGGGCAAGGCAGCGCGGUACGCGUGAUGAUGGUGCGACGCGACCCCAUGUACGUCGCCUAGCGUGGCAGUUUUCAAUGCCUGUUUGACCGGAUAUGGCCAUUGGACGUACCCAUCGAGCCGAGCGACCACCAGUUUGCGACACUGCCGCUCGGGUUCAUACGCGAGAUGAACGUCCCGAAGAAGGCAGGGAAGUGGACGGUCGUGAAAGAGAGCUGCACGCGAAGCUUCGCAAGGGUGAAAUAGAGCUCUGGCUUGGGCCUGAUAGCUCAGAACAGGUCAACAUGGCGAAUAGUCGUCGCAGAGGUGCAUCGAGGCCUGCUACUGUGUGUGCUGUGGGCUGAUAGGCGGAGCAAUGUGCUUCUGGGUGGAUGGGGGCGCGGCGGAACUUACCGGAUCUGGUAGGAUAUAGGUUAAACGAGGCCAAGUUACCGCGUUCUCGAGCAUAGGACUAGUUUUUGGGGGCGGCUUUGAACUACCUGCAAACGUUGUCAUCUUGGCGUAAACCUCUCUACCGUAUCUGGUGUUGAGAUCUUUUUAUUGUAUUUCCG